AAUGAUUGUCUUAAUAACAUUGUUAAUGCUGAAAAACGUGGCAAACGUCAAGUAUUAGUUCGUCCAUCAUCAAAAGUGGUCAUUAAGUUCUUGCGUGUAAUGCAAAAACAUGAAUAUAUUGACGAAUUUGAAGUGAUUGAUGAUCAUCGUUCAGGAAAAAUUGUAAUUCAAUUAAAUGGUCGCUUAAACAAAUGUGGUGUCAUUUCACCACGUUUCAAUACAAAAAUAGAUGAUAUUGAAAAAUGGGUUAAUAAUUUAUUACCAUCUCGUCAAUUUGUGCUGACUACUAGUGCUGGUAUUAUGGAUCACCAUGAGGCAAGAAGAAAACACACUGGUGGUAAAAUUCUUGGAGGCUACCCCUGGUCAAAAAGACAGAUUUCUAUAACAAAUCCUUUCCCUCGUUAUGGUCAUUCAGCUACCGAUGUAACUUAUGAUAACGAUUUAUUUCUUUUUGGUGGCUCCAUUUUUGGUGGAUUAACUGAGAAUCAAGAUAAACUUGAUGAUAGUUUAUAUGUUCUUGAUACAAUAAAUAAAAAUUGGAGAAGAGUAUCAAUAAUGGGCCAACCUCCGUAUGGAAGAUACGGCCACACUGUAACUGUAGUUGGUAGUAAAAUGUAUGUAUUCGGUGGAAGUUAUGAGGGCUAUUAUUUAAACGAUUUAGUAGCACUCGAUCUAGCAUCAAUUAACUCACCUGGACCUUCAUGGGAAUUCAUAAAUUUUUCAAAUCAACCUCCAUCAGGAAGAACUGGUCAUAUAUCUUGUUCAUACAAUAAUAAAAUUUAUAUUUUUGGCGGAAUGGAUGGUUCGAAAUGCUAUAAUGAUACAUGGUGCUUUGAUCUACAAACUAAUCAAUGGGCCGAAUUAGCCUACAAUGGUUAUGUUCCAUAUCCAAGACAUGGAUGUGGAUCUACUAUCAUUGAAGACACAAUAUAUUUAUUUGGUGGUAAAACAUUUGAAAAUCAAGAACUUGGCGACUUGGUGGCUUUUAAGAUUGGCAGUUAUCCACGUUACAAGCCUACAAUGACUGCUGCAAAAGAUAAAAUAAUGGUUUUUGGAGGUGAUUCUAUGUCUUCACCAAAACCUGACGAGGAAGGGAUAAUACAUAUAUUAGAUACAUCAAAAAUAAAAUAUCCUCCUUCACAAAAUAGAUCUUCAGAUUUACCAUCUCCUCCUUCCAGUACAGACAUGAGUCGCCCAUUCCCAUCCCCGACAAGGUCAAUAACUUCAGAUACACAGAGCACGUCAGAUCAACAACGUACAAGACAUAUCAUCCCAACUGCAAGACAUAGUUCAAAACCUAAAACUACUGAUGAUAAACCAUUUGCAAAUUAUCCUCCUCUUUCUAAAUCCAGUAUUGACUCUCCACUUUCCGAAUUUAGCCAAGAUUCGCCUAAAGCACCAACGGAAAUGACAAAUUCAUUUCCAUCAUCUACAACACAACGUAUGAUCACACAAAACACUACUUCCUCAAGAAUGAAUACCAUGCCUGUCACCACUUAUCAGAGUUCAACUCCACAGGCAAAUAAUUCAUUUGUACCACCGGGUUUUGCAAAACGGCAAACAACCAACCCACCUGUACGUUCCAAUUCACCAAGAACGUUGAUAGAACUUGAAAUGAAUAGUGGCGUAGGUGUUGAUAUUCGUCAAGGAGAUUUUCAAAACCCAAGACAAGCCCCACGACCUCCCAUAACAAAUAAUGUUUCAACGCAACCCUACAAUCAAUACACACAUUCUCCAAGUCAAUCAAUCCGAUCUAUUCAAAAAGUGAAUAUGGUUCCUCAAUCAAUGUAUGAUUCACAACCUGAACCUUCUUCACAAGUUAUUUAUAAUAACAAUAAUGGCCCUAACAAUAACGGCUAUAAUAAUAAAGGCAAAAAUCAGAAUAUAUCAUCAUUUAAAAAGCGCGAGAUGUGGUUAAGAGCUGAAUUAGAACUUGCUAGAAAGGCAGGUUAUUUAACGAAAUCAGUUACAGAUGAUUCCACUCCUGAUGGUAUCGAUGUUAAUAAACUGUUGAAUAUUGGUGAACCAGAGUCUGAUAGAUAUAAAAUUAUAGAAGCAAUUACUAAAAUAAAACAAGAAUUAAAAAAGUCAAAGGCAACGAUUGCAAGUCAAGCUCAAAUUGCUUCACAAAAAAUUGUAGAUUCAGAACGUACAAGAACAGCAGCACUUCAGGAAGCAGCAUAUUUUAAGGCAAAACUUUCGGCCUUAAUGAAUACGUCAGAAAAUGAAUUGGCAUCAGUUGAAACAGAGAGAGCGGCAGAUCUUGAAAAACGAUUAACACAAGCUUUAAUCGAAAAAGAAACUCUUCAAAGCAAACUUUUUCAAUAUCAGCAAGCUUCAAACAACGACAAAACAUUUAGGGAAUCAGCAGAGGAAAGUGCUAGGUUGGCAACCGCGAGAGCUGAAGAGGCGGAAGAAGCACAUGCUCGUGUUUUAUCCGAGUUAACUGAUUUUCAGACACGUGCCACCACUGCAGAAACAGAACUACGAGAAAUGAAAGCCCAAUACACAGGAGUUAGUUCCGAGUUAGCACAAUAUAGAUCUGGAUCGGAGAACAUACAUAAUGAGUUGACAUAUUAUAAACAAUUAAUGGAACAACAAAAACGUGCUUUUGAGUCUGUCAAUCACGCGCUUAUCUCAGCAAAUGAAAAAGCAAAUGAAUCAGAAAAUUUAUGGAGACAAGCGCGUCAAGAUAACCUAUCACUUGAAAAGGAAACAUCAAAAUUACGUAAUAAGCUUGAAGCCAAAAACCGUGAAUUAAACAGAGCAAAUUCCAAAAUCGAUGAGACUGAGCGAUUAUUGAGUAGAGCACAAAAGGAAGCAGAGGCUUUCCGUGCAACAGUACAAGAAGGAAUGAAAGGAUUGUUUGAGAAAUCAAAAACAAAUGAAAAUAAUCUCAACAAUUUAACUGAAGCAGACAAAACUAAUCUUGAAAAAGAAUUAAUAGAAUGGAAAACCAUGCAUGCCGAAUCUCAUAAUUCUGCAACUGAAGCAUCUAAAUCAUUAUCAGAGGCCAAAUUAAAAAUUAUACAAUUGGAAUCGUCUGCGAUGAAAGCUAGACAGGAGGCAGUUAUAUUACAAGGGCAAUUAACUGAUUCUUUGGAUGAAGCUAAAAAAAUCAAAGAAAAAUUACGCGAAAAAGAAAUCCUUCUAGAAGAAAAAGUAAGAGCACUAGAAGAUGCAGAAAUUAAAAUUGGAAUGAUGAGAGAAGAUCCUAAGACUCAAGAAUUUACGAAUAAUCAAAUUAUCGAAUUAAGAGAACAAAAUCAAAAAGAGAAGGAAGAAUUUAAUAGGAAAUUUGAAGAUAUUGAGAAACAAUUGAGUUCUUCACGCGAAGAAAAGAUUAUGGUGGAUCAAUCGUAUGAAGCAUUGAGGAAGGAAUAUGAAUCAAUAAGGCAAGAUCAUAAAUUAUUGAAAUUAAACAAUGAGAAACUUCAAGAACAAUUGAAAAAAGAAGGAGAAAAGGUUAAAGAGGUACAAACCGAACUGGAAGAAACACUUUCAUUAUAUGUAUUAGUUAACAAAGAUCUUGAUGAUGCAUUAAAAUUAGCAGGAAAGGCUUCAACAGCAGGUGCCAAUGACGAUGUAAGUGGCAAACAAUUAGAGGAUCUCAAAGCGGAAAGGGAUAGAUUGGAAAAGGAGGUUAUAAAAUAUCGAGAAAAUAAUAUGAAAUUGGAAGUUUUGAACGUGGAUCUGGUACAAAAGUUGCAAGAUUCCGAGAAUAAAGUAUCACUUCUACUAGAUCAAAUGGAAAAUGCAGUAGAUACGUAUCGCGGAAUGGAAGAUGAUGAAAUGAAAGAUUCUAGCCAGAGAAAUUCACAAAAAUUAACAAGUGAACUCGAUAUGUUAACGUCACAAUUUAAUAGCAACAUUCCCGAUGAUGACAAUGUUAGUGAUUAUACUAAUUCAAGAUGGAGUACACAUUCAGGCACGAGCAUAAACGAUAGAGCAUCGUCAAGGCUAGAAGAUUACGAUGAAAUUAUGGCAAGGCUGGAUGAAGUGAAAAAAGCAGCAGCUUUAAGAAAUUUGAAUCAGAUGAAACAAAUGAAUCAAACAUAA